CGCGUUCUCUCUUUCUCUCAAUCUCUCAGAACCGAACACUGCUUCUGUCUUUCCUGUUAACGCGAACGAAAGAUUCGAGUGAUGCAGCAAGGUGACUCAAUGCUGAGCUUGAGGCCUGGAGGUGGUCGUGGAGGAAGCAGACGCUUUGCCCCACGCUUUACCUUAUCUUCUUCCUCUGAUCUUACCAAUGGCGGAGACGCUCCUUCUUUUGCCGUUAAGGGCAGUGGAGGCCUUCUGAACGAUAGACCAAGUGCCCUUGUGCAAGGUAAUGGUUCCCAACAGCCUAAACCUGUUCCUUCCCCGACCAGACAAACUGUGGAGAAGCCAAAACCACAACCACAGCCACAGGAGGUGGCUCCUCCUACGACUACUAGCUUGAACACAGUAGAGCUCAGUAGAAAGACCAACUCGCUUUUGGAGGAAUAUUUCAAUGUCCGUCUAUUGGAUGAGGCAUUACAAUGCAUAGAAGAACUGAAAACCCCGUCUUACCAUCCUGAGCUUGUCAAGGAAGCUAUCUCCCUCGGCUUGGAGAAGAACCCUCCUUGUGUUGAACCAGUGGCGAAGCUCUUGGAACAUCUGGUCUCUAAGAAUGUUCUAACUCCUAAAGACUUAAGGAAUGGUUGUCUGCUCUAUGGGUCUAUGCUCGAUGACAUUGGGAUCGAUCUGCCAAAAGCGCCAAACAACUUUGGGGAGAUCCUUGGGAGUUUGGUUAUGGCCAAAGCAUCGGAUUCUGAGUUGGUGAAAGAGAUUCUAAUGAAAAUGGGAGACGAAUGGUUCAAGAAAGCAGUCUUGGAAGCUGUGAUGAGGAGUGUUAGUGAGUCUCUACUCACUACGGAAGCAGUAGAGGUUGAGGCUUGCCGUGGUUUGGUGUAG